AUGGAUAUAAGACAUGUAAAAGGUUGUGCAUAUUAUGAAAGGGAAGAUGAAAUAGAUUAUAAAGAUGAAAUUAAAGAGGUUACAGAAAAUUUAAUAUAUGAGAGAAAAAAGAAUUUUCAAGAACAAGACAAUUAUUGUUACAACUCCGCAAUAAGUAUAUGUCCGAACGUUUAUUGUAAUAUUUACACAGAUUUAUAUAACUGGUUUGGUUUUAAAAAUUGUAGGAAAAUAGACAUUGAAUCUUUGAAUACCUGUUUUACAGAUAUAACAAAUGGAGGUGUAGGUUAUUAUGAAAAGCUGAUAGUAUUAGGAGGAAGAGUUUUAGAAUUAUAUAGUGAAUUACAUUUUUUUAAUAAAUAUAAUUAUGAAAAAGAUGUAGAGAUAGUUAAUGAUUUGAAAAAUAUUAAAUCAAUUAAAGAAGUUGUUUUUCAUUAUUUAUAUGUUCAAAAGAGAAAAAAUCGUGUAAUAUAUAAAAACAGUUUAUAUUUAUUUGGUUAUUCUUAUCUGUAUACACCAUUAUUUUUUAAUAAUAAAAAUUCCAUAAUAAAAUAUGUUAAAGCAUGUGUAGCAUAUGCAGUCAAAUAUAGUGGUUCAAAUAUUUUCUCGUGGAUGCCUUCCUUAAUUGAACAUAUACAUCAUGCACAAAAAUUAAAGAUUGCAGAAAUAGAACAGGAAAACGAGUUAAUACAAGAUUUACAGGAAUAUUUUGGGUACCAAUUUGACUACAUAUUACCAAGAAUAGCAGAAUGUUUUAGUUAUCACAAUAUUUAUAUAACCAAUUCCCACUUAACAGGACUACAAAUAAUUCGAAUGUUCGCUAAUGAGUAUUUUUCCCUUUUGGCGGAUGACGUGAACAUAAACGGAAAGGAAAAAGUAGUAUGGGUGCGAGAGGAGACUGAAGCCUUUUUGAAUUCCAAAUGUAUUGAAAUCUUUAGUGGAUGCAUGAUAUCAUUGAACAAAUAUUUAAAUGAGAAAAAUGUACAAGUAUCUAAGAUAAGGAACAUAUUCGAAAUGAUAUUAUCAUCCUGUUGGGUUUUAGGAAAUGAAAAGAAAAAUAAAAUAUGGGUAAAGGCUUUAAUACAAAGAUUAAGACAAGUGCAGUUAUUAACUCAAAUAACUACUAUAGAAAAGUGGUCUUAUAGUAUAAAAAAAUAUAAUGAUAUUAAUAUAAGUAAUUUUGUAAAAGAUAUAUACAACUUUAAUAAUAUAAAUGGAAGUAUAUUAUCACCUUUCCAGUUACAAAAUAUUAAUGUUUAUUUACCUCCAAAGGAGGUUAUGUUAAAACAGAUUCCUUAUUAUACUACUAUUGCUGAUAAAUAUAAAGAUCGGUAUCAGCAAGCAGAUAAUAACAAAGUGAAGGGAAAAAAAGACUGCCAACUUUAUAAUGCAUUGAACAAUAUUUCGAAAAAUAUAUAUAUGCAUUUCAAACCUAGGAAGCAGACAAAUGUUCAUUCAGCUAGUGUGAAAAAGCUAGUCUACACGAAUAAGGAGGACCCAUAUGCAGAUAUGAAUUAUCACAAACUUAAAGCAAAUCUUGAGGAAGAUGAGUCUUCAAACGAAAGAUAUGAUGAUCUUGUGAACAUGGACGAGGAAGAAGUAUUUUUUCCCAAUAAAAAAAUGAACAUAAUAAAAUCAGAAAGAAAUAAAAAAAAUGGAAUCCCUGUUAAAAUAAAAUAUAUUAGAGAUGCAAACAAUGAUGAAAAUUCUAAAUAUGUCAUAGAGAUACCAAAAAAAGACCUGACACAAAGAGGGAGUAAAAAUCAUGUAAAAGCUGUGCUUUGGGGAAACGGCAAAAAAGGCUUAGAAAUUAAGCUACCGGCUGCAAGCAACUUUAUAUCACAGAUGAAAAUUAAAUGA